AUGAUGACAUUUUGCAUUGUGGUUUUGGGAGUAAUGCUCGCGUCGCUCACCUUGCUGCAAUGUAAGGGCAAAAAGAAGAAGGGAACACCGACUCUACCACCUCCUCCGGCUCCUCCUGCAUCCGCAAAAUCGGCUAGAGCACCGCCGCCGAAAUCCUCGGACAUUUCAAACAAAGAGGAGAAGCAGAAAGACGAGGAAAAAGAUAAACGAGAAGACAAGAAAAAGGAAGAAAAGAGCGAGACCGGCAAAAAGGACGGAAAUGAGGAGAAGAAAGAAGAAGGAGACGAUAAGAAAGAGGAAAAGAAAGAAGCUGAUGAAAAGAAAGAUUCGAAGAAGGCAGCAAGUGUGAAAGAUAAGGUGAGGGAUCGGGAGAAGAAUGAAGCAGAGAGCGACAAAGAGAAAGAAAAGAAAGACAAGAAGGAAUCGAAAAAGGAGGAGAAAAAGCAAGAAGAGGAAGAUGACAAAAAGAAGAAAGAAGACGAUGACAAAGUGACUGCUGAGAAGAAAGACGACAAGAAGAAUGACAAGGAGGAAUCGAAGAAAGAUGAAAAGAAACCUAAUGCAGAAAAGAAGGAUGGAGCUGACGAGUCGAGCAAGAAAGAGGAAGUUGCUACAUUGAGCAAAAAGGAUGAGGAAGCGGCCGCAGCGGCCAAGAAAGACAGGAUGGAUCAGAAUAAGAAGACGGAUGCAAAACCUAGUGCUGAAGAUGUCAAGCGAAAUGGGGAUGCCGAAGCGGACAAAAAGAAAGAUGGAGUUGCUGCAUCGGGCGAGACGAAAGAUGGAGCCAGUGAAACAGACAAGAAGAAAGAUCCCGCGGCUGCAUCGAGCAAGAAAGAUAGCAAGGAUCUGGUGGCGGCUGCUGACAAGAAGUCUGAGAAGAGGGACAACAAAGCCAGCGCUGAAAAUGGAUUUGUAAUCGAGCCGAAGCUAUUGAACUUUGAGAAGCCGGACGGAAAGACUCAAAUCAGCUUGACAAACAAUACAGGAAAACGAGCAGCCGUGAAAGUGAAGGUAUCGGACAAUCAGAUCUACAAAAUCCAGCCAGUGUUUGCUUUCGUGGUGGAUGGUGCUAAACACACCAUUGACGUUGAACGAUUCGGAGUAGCGACUACAACCGACGAGAAAAUUGUGAUCGUUUGUGCAAAUUGUGAAGACAAUGAACAAGAUGCGAAAGAAGUCUUCAAGAAAGUUGACCCUACUGAGCAAAAACAGAUUACGAUCCCUAUCGUCUUUGCCAAA